AUGGUUUUAAUAUCUUUUUCUACUUUUGAGCAGGAUCAGGUCGUGCAGGAUCAAGUUCCCAGCGCACCAACUGAUCUCAACAUCGAAGCUCUCAACACCACAUCAGUGCUGGUGACGUGGCAAGCUCCCGAGGAGGAGAACGGCAUCAUCACCAAUUACACGAUCCGCUGGAAGCUCGUGAGUAGCGGAAAUGAAGCAGACGAUGACCAGAUAAUUACAACGCUUGGUGACAGCUACGAGUGCGAAAUACCAGACCUGAUCGAGUGCCAGACCUACGACUUCUCCGUGUCGGCCUCCACCAGCCGUGGCGAGGGAGCGAGAAAAACCACGCAGCGAAAACUACGAUGCGCUGAAGCUCCAAGCGCACCUCAAAACUUGAUAUUGUUGGCGGCCCGGAGCGACGCUCUUGUCGUUCAGUGGGACGCGCCUGCGACACUAAACGGCGUCGUGGGUUAUUACUCGGUCAAAAUCAGCCGCGGCACCGACGUGGUCACCAACAAAAAUAUUACAGCUUCGGAUUAUCAAACUCGCUUCGAUUGUACCGUGGACGGCCUCAGUGCAAGCACAGUGUACAACAUUAGUGUACGGGCAGUCACGAAAGAAGAAGGUGAAUCUGUGGUGAUGCCGUUCAAGACUUUACCCGAAAACGGGUCUGGACGCGUGGCGGGCAUCGUCAUUGGCUGCCUGGUGGGGGUGGCGCUGGUCGUGGGGCUCGUGGUUGUCAUCUACAAACGUGACGACAUUCGCAAGAAGUUCCUAUCACCGCCGUCCAAUUUCUCCCAAACCCCGACUGGAAACGAUGAGGUUCGAACAGAAAUACUGGACACGGUUCGACAGUUCGAAGACGAUCCUCAGAAGCUAAAGGCGGCCUUCGAGGAUCUGAAAGCCAGAAGCAGAGUCGCUUCAAAGAACGAGGCUUCCAGCCGCAAGAAUUUAAUGAAAAAUCGUUAUCUAAACAUCGUUCCUUUAUGCAGUCGAGUGAAUUCAUUCUGCUGCUGUGCAGUCGACGACACGCGAGUUAAACUAAAUGAUGAAUGGAGUACCGACUACAUCAACGCCAGCUACGUUAAGGACGCAGACGGCAACGUGCGUUUCAUCGCGAGUCAAGGACCGAAGGCUGGGACAGUGUCAGAUUUCUGGCAAAUGGUCUGGCAGGAACAAGUGCAAAUUAUAGUCAUGUUGACGAACUGUUUAGAGCGUGAGAAGGAAAAAUGUUGCAUGUACUGGCCUGAGACGAAGAAAUCAACGUUCCUGGCUGACCAAUAUGUCAUGACUCUCAUGGAUGAAGAGAAAGGACCUGACUGGACUGAGCGCAGGAUCCUCCUGCAAAAUGACCCCAGCCCCGCCAGAGAGGUCGUGCAGCUGCACUUCACGUCGUGGCCCGACUUCAACGUGCCGGCGUCCGAGGCCGCUUUGCUGAAGCUCAUCCGCAGCGUCAGGGCGCGUGUCGGGGAGUCGGAGUCUCUUGUCCCCAUCCUUGUACACUGCAGUGCGGGGGCCGGCAGGACGGGCACCUUCAUCGCGCUGUGGAACCUCCAGCAGCAGCACCAGCGGGGCGCCCCCAUCGACAUCGACGCGACCAUCCUCAAGAUCAGGGAAGACAGGAGCUUGCUCGUACAGUCUAAGGAGCAGUACCUGUUCGUCUUUAAGUGUUUCGCGGAGUAUCUGCGGACACCAGACAUAUUCAUCGGUGGAGGAAGUGGCAGCAUGGCGAACGCCCGUGAUCUGGAGAUGGGAGUUCUCGGCGCCCGUAAAACCGGCUUGGAUGAGGAUGAAAAAUCAACUGAUGCUCUGUUACCAGUGAAGGAUGAGUAUAAUGGACGUAGUAACUAUUUUGCUGCAAGUUGUAUUGUCGACUUGCUGCAAGGUUAAUCUUUGAAUGGCUACAUCCACUAUGCACCGAUGAAUUGCAAGUAAAGAUGCUAGGCAAUUAUGGGCUAUUAAAAUGAAUCAAUUUAUUUUCAAGAUUAUCAAUCAAAAACACAUUUUAAUUUCAUAAUGAGAAGUCCAACUUUUGAGCAGCCUGUAGGGCACGUUCAAAAUUUUUACAAAAAAACGGAAUGAAUUAGUGAAAGAAUUCUUGGAGUUCAGUCACUUGAAGUUUGCUUCGCAAUGUAUGACAUGUUAUUAGUUACAUGAUUAGCUAUUACAUUUAGGAUUAAAUUCUCAUUGCAUGAUGAUUUACCAAGCAAUGAAUAAUAUAUUUUGAAUGCCAUGUCGACUUAUCAAAUGCAUUCCCUCCUCAAGCAUCGAAAGUACCGAUUCCUCGUUUUUUUCUUUGUAGUAAUUAUGAUUAAUCUUCAAAUAGCUGGCUAGCUUGAAAAUUUUAAAGCCUCAUCAUCUACUUGUUGAGAACUGAUCUACAGCUAAUUAUGAUUUUUAAAUUUAUGGUUAAAUGGUCUCUGGGUAUAUUUAAAUUUAUAGGUUGAAUGGUCUGGUCUCUCAGUUGUUAGGUAGUGGACGACCGCGCGCAAAUAAUACUUUUAUGCGAAUGAUUAAUAUUUUGGUAAUUGUUCGUUUAAUUUCUCCAAAAUUUGCGAUUACUAUUAUUCUUUUCAGUCUAUUUGCAAUUAAAAUUUAUGAUUAUUUCUGUAUUUUUUUAUAGAUUCUGACCGAUUAGCGGAUGCUUUAGGGAAAUUAGUAGACUUUUUUCCCUGAUAAGAAGCAAAUAAUAACUUUUAAAAGCAUACUAUUAUCGCAACCCUCAUGUGCUUUUUUAAAAUGAAUACAUUACGAACGAAUGCCAAAUUUUUUAUGAUAAUAAUAGAAAUGAAUUGACCUUGGGUCAUUUGACAAAUACUAUGAAUAUAUUAUCAUCAAUCGAUAAUCUUCCGUUUUCAACGUCCAGUCCGACGUUUGAUAUGGGAGGCCCACUUCCGGGUACAGUUUAUGGUAUACAUGAGAUAUUUUAGAAUUGAAUUAGGGGUUCAUUAUAUAACAGGCUAAUAGUUUUGAUUUUUAAAACAUGGAAUUUCCCAUGGCAUAGGUGAAAGACGAUCGAGAAAAAUUUUGUCUCGACCACUGAAGUGUUAAUUUAGUGAACAAAUAAAUUGUACAACACCUGCAGGCAUGUUUGGACCCUUUUACUGCAACACUUGACAUUUAGAAAUUACAAGUUUUUUUGCCAACGAGUUAUUUAUACCAACUUUACUAUUGUAUCAAUCAACUUAGGAGAUUUGUUCGGAGAAUUAUUAACAGUUCAGGGUACCAUGCAGGAUUGAAGUAGCGAUGUACGGGUUCGAUCCCAGCUACCUGCAACAGUUCUGUUCGCAUCAGCAAGGAGACCGGUUGUGUCAGUACCUUAAAACAUGAAGAAGCUGUGAGUUGUGUUUUCGAGACCGCAACAAGCUGGGAAUAUUCUGCGAUGUUCAGAAUCGGGGAUAGAUCGAACGGCCUAAUUAACAACAAUACAUACUUUCUAUACUAUAUAUAAAUCAAUCGAAAUUCCAUAGUGUAACAAUGAAACUUGCUCGAUAAUUCAUGUGCAUCACAAGACAUUAAUUUAGGUAUCUAUUUAAGGUGUUCAGCGUCUCUGUUAAAAGACACGUUCUUCUCCUUACCUUCACUUAAUAUUUUAUGUCAGGAGGCAUUUCAGCCAGUCAAUUGUUCAUGAGUGAGUGCAAGGACUUUUCUCUUACUCAAGCAAAAUAAAUUUUAAUAGUAAAUGACAUUGGAUAAUUCAUGUUAGUUUUUUUACACAGAAGCAUAACAUUUUUUGCAACAGACGAUACAACUUUUUUGGAAGUGAUAAAAUAGCGUCUCAGCCUCAAAACUGAUACCAAUAGAAAAAAUUUCAGCAGUCAACUGUUGAAAUUUAUUAUCUAAUUACGUCAUUAUUGUUUAUACGCUCGUGUUCAAUCUUGCUUUUUUACACUUUUAUUUGAGUUUGCUCGUUUAAGAUCUUAUUAAUAAUUCUACUGGUUUCACGCCAGUGGUUGAAACGUAGGGUUAUUGGCUGCUUGGAGCUUCGGAGUUUAAAUGAUUUUUGUCACUUGCCGUAGUGCUGUGAAUUAACUUGCAU